AUGAUGGCCCACCAGGCCUGGUCUUCGCCGCCAGCCCAGCCGGACAGUGGCCACCUGGGCCUGCUCCUGAGACUGCCAGCCCUGCUCCUCCCUCACUGCCCCAAGGCCUCCCCAGAGAAAAGCCGUGCUGCAGGCUUGGAGCUGGCUUUCGUGUGGGAGCUGGGAGACGUGGCGGCUGUGAGGGAGCACCCACUGGUGCUGCCCUGUCAGGUGGGCGGUGAGCCGCCUGUGUCCAUUUCCUGGCAGUGGGAUGGACCGACCCUGGCCAAUGACAGCGGUGCCAUCCUGAUGCCGCAUGGCUCCCUGCAUCUGGCCGCCCUGACCACCCGCUGGAGCCUCCCUUCCCAUGCCCAUGAGUACCACCAGGUGGCCCAGAACUGCUACGGGCGGCCAGUGAGCCGGCGGGCCCGGAUACGGGUCACACUGAUGCCUGGUGGCAUCCUCUACAUCACUAGCAUAAGCCAGGCUGAUGUGGGCACCUACCACUGCAUGGCACGCAAUGUGGCCGAUACUUGGCACAGACAGGAUGCCCAGCUGACCCUGAGUGAGGAGGUUCUGUUCCUCGAUCUCUCAAGUUGCUGUUUCCACCUCACAGUGGGAUCCUCACGGCUGCUCCAGGAGCCUGAGAUCCUGUCGGGGCCUCAGAAUCUCACACUCACAGUGCACCAAACGGCGGUGCUGGAGUGCACUGCCACUGGCCACCGGAGGCCACCCGUCUCCUGCAGCCGCCUGGGUACGCAACUGCUCUGUGUGGAGGGCAUCCAAGUCCCGGGCACAGGAGCCAUAAUCUCCGACAUGUCAGUCCGGCACUCAGGCAUCCACGUCUGUGCCGCCAACCAGCCAGGCACCUGUGCUCGGCAUACAGCGCAGGGAGUUCUGCUCGUGCACGGUGAGCCCCGAGGGCCCAGUUGGCCACAGUCCUUGUCCAAACCUCCAGGCAGCAGCGACAUCUGCACCCACGUGGCCCAGGGUGUCCCUGAGCCCCAUCUGGUUUGGUUAAAGAAUAGGAAGGUGCUGAGUCCUGGGGACAACAUUCGGCUGACCCACAACAGCAGCACACGGACACCAGCAGGGGUCUCAGUCAAGGACGAGGCCAUCCACCAAUGUGUGGCAGAGAACACUGCAGGCUCCAACCAGGCCGGUAUUCCUGCUGUGACAGGGGACCCAGGGCCACCCCCUGUCCCCAGGGGCCUGCAGGCAAUGACUCUCUUCACCUCUGCCAUUCAAGUGUCCUGGGAACUGCCCCCCUCCAACAGGGACAUCACUGGCUACGUGCUGCACCUUCAGCUGGUGGGAGAGGCAGCUGGCCCGGGGCUCCAAGGGGCUGCGGGCAAAGGCACCUGUGAGCAUAUCUUCUCCAACCUAGAGCCUGCAGCCUACUCCAUCCACCUGUGAGCCCACUCGGCGGAAGGCGCCAGCCAGGACUCUGCCUCUGUCCACAUGGGCAGCAUCGCUGCCGUUCUGGGCUUCUCCACCAAAGUGCUCAAUGCCACCUCAGUGCAGGCCUCCUGGGAGCUGCCACCCCAGCUGGGGACCUGGGGCUUCAAAUUCUUUCACCACAAGCUGCUGGCCCCCCAUUUUGAGGGUUCCCUACUCUUGGCCAGCAGUGUCAGCUCUUUCCUCUGCACAGAUCUGGAGCCCGGAGCCCUCUGUGAGAUCAGCUUGUCUUUCAGCAGCAAUGGGGAUGGUGACCGCAGUGCUCGCUGUGCCCCUUUGCAUGACGUGCCCCUGGCCACUGCUGCAGAGUGGGGCCCAGUAGGAGGGCAGCAGGCCUGGGGCCAGAGAAGGCCCCUUGUGUCAUCCAAAGCUGGGUGCCCGUGCAGUCAGGGCGACAGCAGCUCACCGCCUGGGCUUGGGGUGGGCAUCCACGUGGGCCUGGCUGCUCCCACUGCCUCCUGGACUGGAAACAUAGGGGCUAAGCCAGAGGGAGGACUCAGACAUGUUAUGGUGCUGACCCUUCCUAUCCGGACAGCCUCUUCUGCAGUCAGCAGUCCCGAGUGCGGGGCAGUGCUUCAGGCUGCCCCGAACAGAGCUGGGGGGCGCCGAGGCCAGACUCCGAGUGGAGAGAAGCCAGGGGAGAAGAUCGAACUCAUCCCGCAGGAGAGGGCAUCCAAGUGAGGGGAGUGGGUAGGGGAAAGUGGUGUGCUUGAGGCUCUGGGACCAAGACCUGACCACCUCCUUCCUCUUCAAGUGACCGUGGAACAGCCACUCUUGGCCUGCGGCCCUCCAAGUUCACUUCCUCCUAGAUGACACUAACUCCAGCCCCACCAAAGAAUCUACCUCAUCUGUCCCUGCCGCCCAGAGUCAGGCAAGGACUGAAGGUCCUUCAGUCCUUCUCCAGGGAGGGGCGGGCCUGACCACAGGGAGAGAGAUGAGGGUGUGGCUUCUCUUGUCCCUCCCUCCUCAAGGCAUGGGAGAACCUUUGUCCUCCCCAUACGUCAAAUAACCUCAAACUAAAGCAGCUGGGAGUCAUCCCCAACCGCAUCACUCCUGCCGCAUAACCCCAUCCAGUAUAUCUUCUUGCUCCGAAUGUACGAGCCUACCCAAAGACAUAUAGCUUUAAGGGCUCCCUGCAAAGCAGGGAGGCAGGGCCAGGGGCUGACAUUGCCUGCAUUUCAGAACCAGAAUCCUAGUUUGAGAUCUGUCUACUUGUGCCCAGGCUGAGGUAUGACCUGGGGACAGGAAACACACUUUCCUUGUGGCCUGAGUGGGCAGGCAGGCAAUAGGAGUGCUGACUUCCUCAUCCCCUCGCUCGUCCCAGCACCGUAGGAGCCCCGAACGUCUGAGCUCACGUAAGCGGCUUCUCCGAGCAACCAAGUGUGCAUCUCUCCCUCUCCAGGUCCAAAAGCACUGGUCCCUUUUCAGGGGGCAUCCCUCCCUACUGGAUUUCUAUUUUUGAAAGGAGGUACUAAUUUGAAUUGGACUUUUGGUGGUCUUGAAUCCCUUGUAGAGUGAACACAGAGGGCAUGAAAGAUCCCACCCAUCUAGUCCCCUCAAUUCCAGGUGUCCUAAGAAUGCCUCUUUGCCACUCCACCCUCUGCGAGCCUAUGGCACCCAGGGCCCCACUUUCCUUCCUUAUCCCACUCUCCCUUCCCCUAAAGCCAAAGUCCCAGGCUCUCUCUCAAAUGGCUUCUCCCUCCAGGGCUGUCCAGUAUUGUGCCAAAAAGGCGAGGAGAGUCUUGGAAGAAGGAAAACCCAGGGUUCAGGGGACCCUAAACACCAUCUCCCCUGUGCUCUUACAAAAUGAUGCUAGUACCAAUGGUGAGACUCCAGUAAGGCUGCUCCCCCACCCCCAACUGCUCCUCCCUGUGAGGGGAAGAAGUAUGUGGCAGGGCACCAGAGGUUAAGAAUACCCCAAACUUCAAGUCCUUGAGGGAAAUGACGUUCUCUCCUCUGGGGGAGCCUGGUCUAAGUGCUUUGCUGGAAAUAAAAAACCAAAAUGGAAAAAUAAAUUGGGAUCUGGUUAAUGUUCUGGGUUGAAAGGAAAACUUGAGGGAGUGGGUUGAUGAGGUGGUAAGACGAGCAUUCCAGGUCUUUCAGGGGAUGGUACAUGCAUGGGAAGGAACUAUUUUCCAGUUUGCUAAGAAAAGAGCAGUGCGAGCUGUUGUUUUAAGGUCGCCACAUGGAGAAACCAGCAUGUUACAAAGGACUGUCACUACAGACAGGAGCAGUGGGACUGGAGCGGUGUGGCGGCAAGGGCUGAGGUGGCUAGAGAACACCUCUCCCUAGGACAGAAUGGAGACCCAGACUCUGGAUUAAAUGCUCCUUCCUUCCAAAUGCCUUUAGACCCUAAGUCAUUAGGGAACUAAAGUGGAGUCGGUGGCUUCCGGAAUACUGGUUCCACAUAAGGUGAAGAACGUGAAUACAAAAGCAGGUAAGGGCUUUAAAUAAUCACCACAAUUGGAGGAGAAGGUACAAACCCAAGGUACCCCACAACUGCAGGGGGGUAAACUCAGAGCGCAUCUCCCCAUUGCCCCUACAAUUCUCCCACCAAACCGCCACCGCCACCCCAACGUGACUAAAGCACGAGCCACAGGAAAGUUUAGAAACCAUUCCUUUCUUUAUUAAACAUAGCUUGCAAGUGAUAAAUAUUACAAAGUUUUUUUUUUCUUUUAAUCCUUUCUCCAAAAAUUAGCUUAUUAUUUGAAUCUGUCACUGCUGAAAUGCUCAGCAGCAUCUGAAACAGAUGGGAGUGU